AAUCCCCAUCAACUCCCUUUCCCCUUCCCCCACUCACCAACCCUCACCAACUAUUUUUUUCCCCAUAUUUAUACUCCAAACCCGUGCCCUUCAUUUCCAGGACCCAAAAAUCCUAAAACACCGACCCGAUAAAAAAAAUAAGAAAAAAAAAACAGCAAAAUCUCGAAAAUGGAGCCUACGACAAAAUCAAAGGACAUUAUCUUCCGAUCGAAGCUCCCGGACAUCUACAUUCCGAAGCACCUCCCACUCCACACCUACUGCUUCGAGAACAUCUCCCGGUUCGGGUCCCGACCCUGCCUCAUCAACGGCUCCACCGGCGAGAUCCUCACCUACGACCAGGUCGAGCUGGCUUCCCGUCGGGUCGGGUCGGGUCUCCACAGGCUCGGAAUCCGGCAGGGGGACACCAUCAUGCUCCUCCUCCCCAACUCCCCGGAGUUCGUCCUUGCCUUCCUCGGAGCCUCCCACAUCGGCGCCGUCUCCACCAUGGCCAACCCCUUCUUCACCCCGGCCGAGGUCGUAAAGCAGGCCGCCGCCUCCCGGGCGAAGCUCAUCGUCACCCAGGCCUGCCACGUGGACAAGGUGCGCGACUACGCGGCGGAGCACGGGGUGAAGGUGGUGUGCGUAGACGGCGCGCCGCCGGAGGAGUGUCUGCCGUUCUCGGAGGUGGCGUCGGGGGAUGAAGCGGAGCUGCCGGCGGUGAAGAUCUCGCCGGACGACGUGGUGGCGCUGCCGUACUCGUCCGGGACGACGGGGCUGCCGAAGGGGGUGAUGCUGACGCACAAGGGGCUGGUGACGAGCGUGGCGCAGCAGGUGGACGGGGAGAACCCGAACCUGUACAUACACAGCGAUGACGUCAUCAUGUGCGUGCUCCCACUUUUCCACAUCUACUCGUUGAACUCGAUUAUGCUGUGCGGGUUGCGGGUCGGGGCGGCCAUUCUGAUAAUGCAGAAGUUCGAGAUUGUGCCUUUUCUGGAGCUGAUACAGAGGUACCGGGUCACGAUUGGCCCGUUUGUGCCGCCUAUUGUGCUGGCAAUUGAGAAGAGCCCUGUAGUGGAGAAGUACGAUUUGUCGUCUGUGAGGACAGUCAUGUCUGGGGCGGCGCCGCUUGGGAGGGAGCUGGAGGACGCCGUCAGGUUGAAGUUCCCUAAUGCCAAACUUGGUCAGGGGUACGGAAUGACUGAAGCCGGGCCUGUGCUGGCAAUGUGCUUAGCAUUUGCAAAAGAGCCAUUUGAGAUAAAAUCGGGUGCUUGCGGGACUGUGGUUAGAAAUGCUGAGAUGAAAAUUGUGGAUACCGAAACUGGUGCUUCUCUUGGGCGUAAUCAGCCUGGUGAAAUUUGCAUUAGAGGUGACCAGAUCAUGAAAGGCUAUUUGAACGAUCCGGAGUCAACUGAAAGGACAAUAGACAAAGAAGGAUGGCUACACACUGGCGACAUAGGGUUCAUUGAUGACGAUGAUGAGUUGUUCAUCGUUGAUAGGUUGAAGGAAAUUAUAAAGUACAAAGGGUUUCAAGUUGCACCCGCUGAGUUGGAGGCCCUCCUCCUCAACCACCCGAAUAUCUCUGAUGCUGCUGUUGUCUCCAUGAAAGACGAGCAAGCUGGAGAAGUACCCGUGGCUUAUGUCGUGAAGUCAAACGGUUCCACCAUCACAGAAGAUGAAAUUAAGCAAUUUGUGUCCAAACAGGUGAUCUUCUACAAGAGAAUAAAUCGUGUGUUCUUCAUUGAUGCCAUUCCAAAGUCUCCAUCAGGCAAAAUUUUGAGAAAGGACUUGCGAGCAAGAUUAGCGGCUGGCGUUCCAAAUUAAAUUACAUCACAUGUUCACCGGGUCGGGCUGGGCCCACAAACUCUACCAUACCAUGAUUUCUAUUUUUCUUUUUCGUUUUUUAUUGUCCUUAUUUUAAUAGCUACACAUUUUGGGAUUGAUUAUUGUAAAUUUAACUAAAAUGUGUAGAAUUAAAUUUAUGGGACAUCGAACUCGUGCAAUAUAUCAUAUAUCUUGGCACUCCUGGCAUAUAUGUAUAAUUUUUGUUGUUUUUUUGUUUUGGAAUUGUCAUAAUUAUUAUUUUAUCUCAUUAAUUUCUUUUCAUCCAUAUUUUCUCCUCUUUUGUGUUCAUACACUGUGGUGCAAACUAGAGGUUAAAUACUUGUGGUUUGAAUUUUUUUCCCCUCAACUAUAUUGACUAAUAU